AUGAACCUGUCCUUCUGUCUCUUUGCAGCUGUUCAGCUCGUUCACUGGAAACAACCAAAGAAAUCUGCUGCAGCAUUCGGCCUAUCGCUGCUGAUUCUGGUCUCCGUGGCAACGCUGUCCGUCAUCAGUGUGGUGUCCUACCUGCUGCUGGCCUGCCUCUGCAUCACCAUCACCUUCAGGGUUUAUAAAUCUGUGAUCCAGGCCGUCCAGAAGUCUGAUGAAGGCCACCCGUUCAAGUCUCUGUUGGACCGGGACAUCUCUCUGUCCCCGGAGUCGGUCCGGAUGCUGGCGGAUCAGAGUCUGGUUCAUGUGAACUGGUUGAGCAGUCAGACCCGGAGGCUGCUGCUGGUGGAGGACCUGGUGGACUCUCUGAAGCUGGCUGCUGUCAUGUGGGUGAUGACGUAUGUUGGAGCCAUCUUUAACGGCAUCACCAUCCUCAUCCUCGCGGACAUCAUCUUCUUCACCACACCGCUCAUCUACCAGAAGAGAAAGGCACAGAUUGAUCAGCACAUCGAGAAGAUUCGGUCCAGAGUUGAGGAAACGCUGCAGAAGCUCCAUGACAGGUUACCAGGAGCUGUGAAAAGAGCCAAAGCUGAGUGA